AUGUUCCUCCGUGUGUCGCAUGGGGACCGGAGGUUGCAUGCGGUGGGGUCGCUUCCUCCCGGCCCGGCGGCGGCCGCAGCCCCGCGGGCACCCGCGCCGGGGCUGCCCGGGCCGGCGGCUCCGGGCCGGCCGGGCGGGGGCGGAUCGCUCUCCCCGUCGCCGGAGGGGCCGCGGCCUCCUCUCCCCGAGCGUCCCCGGGGCUCGCAGGACCCGCUCGGGCAGGGGCCGGGAGCGAGCGGGCCCGCGGGGAGGUGCCCGUGGCCGCGGCGGCCCGGAGGAGGGAGCGGCCCCCGGGCCGAGGGGCCGAGGGAGGGCCGGCCGCGGCCGCCUGUGCGGGGAAGACGGGCCGAGGCAGCGGAAGAACAUGGUGGUUCUCCCCAGAACGGGGUGGGGAUGAGGGAUGCGGAAGGUGUGCAGGGUUGUGCCCGAGACCUCUGCUCAGUUGCAGGUGCAGCCCAGGGCAGAGGGGCUGGCCGGGGUUGCCCACCCGCCCGGAGGGAGCCCUGCAGAGCAGCAUCUCCCGCAGCCCCCGAGAGGAGGGCUCGGCGCGUAGGCGGAGGUGGUUACUGGUGUUCCCAGAGCAAGGAUUUGCUUCCAAUCAAAUACGUGACCAUGGGGGAUAUGAAGACCCCAGAUUUCGAUGAUCUUCUUGCAGCCUUUGACAUACCAGACAUGGUUGAUCCCAAAGCAGCUAUUGAAUCUGGACAUGAUGACCACGACAGCCACAUAAAACAAAACGCUCACCCCGAGGAAGAUUCUCAUGCCCCGUCAUCAUCUGAUGUUGGCGUGAGCGUCAUUGUGAAAAACGUGCGUACCAUCGAUUCCUCCGAAGGCGUGGACAAGGAUGGCCACCAUUCCACAGGCAAUGGCUUGCACAAUGGCUUUCUAACAUCAUCAGCUCUUGAGAGCUACAGUAAAGAGGAAGGGAAGUCACUUAAAGAUGAUGGGUCAGCUUCUGAGACUACGCUGAAGGAUUCAGCUUUCAACCAGUUCAGCCCAAUAUCGAGUGCUGAAGAAUUUGAUGAUGAUGAAAGGAUUGAGGUGGAUGACCCCCCAGAUAAAGAGGACAUGCGUGCAAAUUUCAGAGCAAACGUCUUGGCAGGAUCUCUAUCUCAGCAGGAAUAUGACAAACUAAAGGCACUUGGAGGGGAGAACUUGAUUAAACCUGGAAUCCCGGUUUCAAGUAGUAUAGAUAAAAAUAAAGUUGCUAAACGAGAGACGGAGACAAACUCUGUAAAUUUAAGCGUCUUUGAGCCUUUUAAAGCUCGAAAAACAGAGGACAAAUUGCUAAAAGACAAUUCUGACAAGCUUAUUGAAAACAGAGUACUUGAUGGAAAACUGAGUACUGAAAAAAGUGACACAAAUCUUGCCAGCAUUUCCCAGUCCAAAGCAAAGUCAUCAGCAAAGCUUUCUUCCUGCAUUGCUGCAAUUGCAGCCCUGAGUGCUAAAAAGGCAGCUACAGAUAGCAGUAAGGAUUUACAGUCUAACUCAGGAGAGUCUUCUCCGUUACCAAAAGACAUAAGUGAAAGUCCCCGGGCUAUUGAAAAGUCACCUGAGUCUCAGAGCCUCAUUGAUGGUGCCAAGAAGCCAUCUGUCAAACCACCUGACAGUCCCAGGAGCAUAUCGAGUGAGAACAGCAGCAAAGGGUCUCCGUCUUCCCCUGCAGGGUCGACACCAGCAAUUCCUAAGGUUCGUAUAAAAACCAUCAAGACUUCUUCUGGGGAGAUCAAGAGAACUGUUACUAGAGUGUUGCCAGAAGUUGAUUUGGACUCUGGUAAAAAGCCAGAGCAGAGUGCUUCCAUGGUAACUUCCAUGACAUCUCUGCUGUCCUCGCCAACUUCUGCUGCUGUUCUCUCCUCUCCUCCCAGAGCUCCUCUCCAGUCCUCAGUUGUCACCAAUGCAGUUGGAUCUACAGAGCUUGCCCCCAAACAGGUCACUAUCAAACCCGUGGCUACUGCCUUCCUGCCCGUGUCCGCAGUGAAGACAGCGGGCUCCCAGGUGAUCAACCUGAAGCUCGCUAACAACACCACAGUGAAGGCCACUGUCAUCUCUGCCGCGUCUGUGCAGAGCGCCAGCAGCGCCAUCAUCAAAGCUGCCAACGCCAUCCAGCAGCAGACGGUGGUGGUGCCGGCAUCGAGCCUCGCCAGUGCCAAACUCGUGCCAAAGACGGUCCAUCUCGCCAACCUUAACCUUCUGCCUCAGGGUGCUCAAACCACCUCUGAACUGCGCCAAGUGCUAACAAAACCCCAGCAGCAAAUCAAGCAGGCAAUAAUUUCUGCAGCAGCCUCACAGCCUUCGAAAAAAGUGUCUCGAGUGCAGGUGGUGUCAUCCCUACAGAGUUCUGUAGUGGAAGCGUUCAAUAAGGUGCUGAGCAGCGUCAAUCCCGUACCAGUUUACAUCCCAAACCUCAGUCCCCCUGCCAAUGCCGGAAUCACGCUACCUACACGAGGUUACAAGUGUUUGGAGUGCGGUGACUCGUUUGCUCUCGAGAAGAGCCUGACCCAGCACUAUGACAGGAGGAGCGUGCGAAUUGAAGUGACUUGCAAUCAUUGCACAAAGAAUUUAGUUUUCUACAAUAAAUGCAGUCUCCUGUCACACGCUCGUGGACACAAGGAGAAGGGCGUUGUGAUGCAGUGUUCCCACCUGAUCCUAAAACCAGUCCCAGCAGAUCAAAUGAUAGCAUCUCCUUCCAGCAAUACUGCUGCAUCCCUGCUCCAGAGCGCGGUGGGAGCUGGCACGCACUCCGUAACAAAGAUGCAGUCUGGCUUAACUGGGACAGUGAUCUCAGCCCCGGCGAGCUCUCCUGUCAUUCCAGCUAUGCCGCUAGACGAAGAUCCAUCGAAACUCUGUAGGCAUAGUCUAAAGUGUUUGGAGUGCAAUGAAGUUUUCCAAGAUGAGACAUCCCUUGCAACUCAUUUCCAGCAGGCUGCAGACACGAGUGGACAAAAGACAUGCAAUAUCUGCCAGAUGCUGCUUCCUAACCAGUGCAGUUUUGCAUCACACCAGAGAAUUCAUCAGCAUAAAUCUCCAUACACGUGCCCUGAAUGUGGAGCAAUCUGCAGAUCUGUCCACUUCCAGACCCAUGUCACUAAGAACUGCCUGCAUUAUACCCGAAGAGUUGGGUUUCGCUGCGUGCACUGCAACGUCGUGUACUCGGACGUGGCGGCUCUCAAGUCUCACAUUCAAGGCUGUCACUGUGAAGUCUUUUACAAGUGUCCUAUCUGUCCCAUGGCAUUUAAAUCUGCUCCCAGCACACACUCCCAUGCCUACACACAACACCCCGGUAUCAAGAUAGGCGAACCAAAAAUAAUAUAUAAAUGCUCUAUGUGUGACACUGUGUUUACUCUACAACCUUUACUCUAUCGCCACUUUGAUCAGCACAUUGAAAACCAGAAGGUGUCUGUUUUCAAGUGUCCAGACUGUUCUCUUCUAUAUGCACAGAAACAGCUUAUGAUGGAUCAUAUCAAGUCUAUGCAUGGAACUCUGAAAAGUGUUGAGGGGCCACCAAACCUGGGGAUAAAUCUGCCUCUCAGUACUAAACCCACCACGCAGAACUCAGCCAGUCACAACAAGGAGGACACAAAAUCUGUCAAUGGAACAGAAAAGCUGGAGAAGAAAUCUCCUUCUCCCAUAAAGAAAGCAGAGCCUAAAAAAAUUGCUAAUCCUGGCUGGACAUGUUGGGAGUGUGACAGGCUCUUCACACAGAGAGACGUUUACAUCUCCCACAUGAGGAAAGAACAUGGAAAGCAAAUGAAGAAACAUCCGUGUCGACAAUGUGACAAAUCUUUCAGUUCUUCCCAUAGUUUAUGUCGUCACAAUCGUAUCAAACACAAAGGCAUUAGGAAGGUUUAUACCUGCUCGCACUGCCCGGAUUCGAGACGUACUUUUACCAAGAGGUUGAUGUUGGAAAAACACAUUCAGUUGAUGCACGGUAUUAAAGACCCUGACGUGAAAGAAAUGACUGAAGCUCCCAAUAUGGAAGAAAGGGAGGUAAAAGAAGACACAAAGGUUCCCAGUCCAAAGCGUAAAUUGGAAGAACCUGUACUGGAGUUCAGGCCUCCACGAGGUGCAAUCACUCAGCCAUUAAAAAAGCUGAAGAUAAAUGUUUUUAAAGUUCACAAGUGUGCAGUUUGUGGCUUUACAACAGAGAAUCUUCUCCAGUUUCACGAACAUAUUCCUCAACAUAAAUCUGAUGGCUCUUCAUACCAAUGCAGGGAAUGUGGACUCUGCUACACGUCUCACGUGUCCCUCUCCAGGCACCUCUUCAUUGUACAUAAGCUGAAGGAGCCUCAGCCAGUAUCAAAACAGAAUGGGUCUGGGGAGGAUAAUCAGCAAGAAAACAAACCCAAUCAUGAGGAUGAAUCAUCCAACAGUGCAGCAUCAGACAGGAGAUGCAAAGUGUGUGCAAAGACUUUUGAAACUGAAGCGGCCUUAAACACUCACAUGAGAACACAUGGCAUGGCCUUCAUUAAGUCCAAAAGAAUGAGUUCAGCUGAAAAGUGAUCAGAUUAUUUGGGAUGCGGAAAUCUCUCUCCACAUUGGAAUACUAAGGACAUUUUUGCUACAGAAAGUUCAAGGUAUAAUAGUGUUGCAAUAUAUUCUGCAUAAAAGUGUCCCCUUCACCUCAUUGUCUAUAUCCUCAGAACCAUUGAAGCAGUAUUUGAGUUGAAAAGAGUUUGUAUAUAUUUAAACUAAUAAUUUUUAUACUCUUUGUUAUGUGUUUGUAUCAGUAUCUAGUGGAAAGUUUGUUUUUUUUCUGUUUUGUUUCUGUUCUUUUGUAGUAAGUUUCUUUGAAACAGAGUUCUGAAUGCUGGGGCAGUUCCUUAGGUUCUCUUAAGCUGUUUCUUUUUUGAAUGCUCCUGAAAGAAAGUUUAGCUAAUGGAAGUGCAUCAGAAGGCAGUGCUUGGAGGGGAGAAGGGAAGAGAAGCGAGCUAAGAUUUUAAAUUCUAAGAACUUGUGCUUCUAAAUGUCUGUGGAAGCUUUUAAACUUUCUGUUACAAAGUAUAUAUUAAAAAGAA